AUGCCGCUUUUACCGGCGCUUCUGCUGAAUGAUUCUCUGGAAGCUGAAGCUGGGUUGCUGGCGCCCAAUGAGGAGAGAAAAAGGCGUCGAGAUGGGCUUCACUUCAAGUGGACGGGCCAGAGUGUGGGCGACGAAAGCGCACUCUUGCCCGACUACUGGGCCUUGCAUGACCACAAGACCUGCGCAAAGGGCCGGGAUAUCGCGUCCAGCAAGCCGAACGACCAUGGUGACACGGAGCUUGCCAGCCAGUCCCGACGACUCGGCAUGUCCAGCCAACACGAUCCCUCUAUUUUCCCUUGUAACAACAACGUAUCAUGA